AUGAAUUUGAAAGCUCUUCUCCUCGUGCUCCUUCUGGCCCUAGUUGCAAUUUUUGCCUUAGUUUGCAUCUUAUUGACUCGAGGUGAAAAACACGCUAGCUGCGAUGACCGGUCGCAAGGGUUCCCAGAAGAUCUGCACAGUGACUGGAGCUGGGUCUUUGCUGAUCUGUCACGGGAGGAAAUGUCCCAUGUGCUGCAGUACCUGAAGACCAAGCUUGGGACAAGCUUGGAAGAUGCUUCCCAUGCAAGUCCUUCUGAUAACUGCAUCUAUUCCAUUGAUUUGCAGUUGCCACCCAAAGCGGAGUCCCUUGCAUUCAUGGAUCAUGGCGGAAUCCGCCCUCCUAGGCAGGCACUGGCUGUGGUGUAUUUCGGAAACCAACUGGCUCCAAACAUUACCGAGUAUGUGGUGGGCCCGCUUCCAGUGCCAACAUAUCACCGGGAUGUGAUGGCGCAGAAGUAUGGAGGGCAGGUGCCAUAUUAUCGCAGGCCUCCACUAGAUGCUGAAUACAAGCAGAUGGCCAGCUUUCUGCAUAGCGUCGUGUUCCCCGCAGCCCCAAGCUUCAUGGAGCGGGCCUUGAAUUACGAUGGGACCAAUCUAGCUGCAAUGACCACAUCUCCACGGGGACUGCAGUCUGGGGAUCGUGUGACUUGGCUAGUCCUGUUCCAGAAUGUAACUGGCUACUUCUUACACCCCGUUGGGCUGGAGGUGCUGCUGGAUCACAGCAGCCUGGACAUUUCCCUUUGGACUGUGAAGCAAGUGUUUUACUGUGGCCAGUAUUACAGGGACUUGGCACAGCUGGAGAGAGAAUUUGCAGAGGGGCGUGUGCAUGUGGAGAAGGUAAAGAGGGCCCCAGCUGAUGGGGGUUUUUCCUCAAUGAAGCCCAGGGUUCCCCCUGCCGGGAUGGGCCCUUUGAAUUAUGAGCCUUAUAGGCCACGUUACAGUGUGAGAAACAACCAGGUCAUCUCCUCCUCCUGGAGUUUUGCCUUCAGGAUGGACGUGAGCAGAGGGCCACGUCUCUUUGAUAUACGGUUCAGAGGCCAAAGGAUCGUCUAUGAGCUCAGUGUGCAGGAUACCAUGUCCGCCUAUGGGUCCAACAGCCCUGGUGGGAUGUCAACCCGGUACAUGGAUGGAAGCUUUGGGAUUGGGAGGUUCACCUACCCUCUGCUGCGAGGGGUCGAUUGCCCCUAUUCUGCUACCUACCUUGAUGUUUACUCUCUAGCUCAAGCAGAAAGGCCUCUUGUUACCCAAGAUGGCCUCUGUGUGUUUGAGCAGGACAUGGGGGCUCCACUUCGACGUCAUUACUCCAACCUUCAGUCUCUCUACUAUGGAGGGCUGCCUGGCACUGCCCUGGUCUUCCGCUCUGUGUCCACCGUGGGCAACUACGACUAUGUCUGGGACUUUGUCUUCCAUGCAAAUGGAGCCAUUGAAAGCAAAGUCCGAGCCUCAGGUUAUAUUAGUUCAUCUUUCCUCUAUGGCGAUGGGCUAGAUUAUGGAAACCAGGUUGGGGAUCACACCCUGGGGACAAUCCAUACUCACUUCAUUGGCUACAAGGUGGACCUAGACGUUGGUGGUCCAGCAGCCAAGCUCCUCUUGGGUGCAGGAUCCUGUAGCCUUCGGCCAGUGUCAGGUAAAGGGCCGGCCAUGGACCACUGGCCUGACCCAGCCCGCCCCUUGAGGAUGGCUGCUGAGGGCUGGUGCUGGAGUGAAGCGGGCCGCCCCCCGGGGACUCCUCCGCCGCUUCCCAGUGCCUAG